AUGCUCAUGCGGCUCGUGUUGGGACUCUUCGUCCUCAAAGCGGUGGUGGCCAGCCCCAGAUUUUCCCGACAAGUGGACUUGGACUCAUACGACGGCGCCAACUACGAUGUGGAUCUAGACAAUUUAAAUUUGGAGAACCCGGAUAUCUACGACUACGAAGAUGGACUGACAAUUGAUGAUCCUCUGAUAGAGAUUGGAACGCUGGCCCCACCUGACUACAACUACCCCGUACCUGAGGCCUCGCUGGAGGAGCAGACAGAGGAGGAGGAGGAGGAGGAGGAAGAGUUGCCCCUAACACCCCAGCUCAUCCCUCAGGGUUCAGGGGGGUCCGGGGUCCUCAUGGGCCCAGACACACAGAAAGAGGUGGAGCUGCGUCUGACGCCCAUUGACAUCCUUCAUGUCUCCGGGUCUGGGGCCUCUGGAGCUUCUGGGGCCUCUGGGUCUGGGGGUUCAGGAGAUCCACUGGUCUCUGGCUCCUCUGGGGGCUCAGGUGACAUUGUUCUGAUCUCCGGAGCCUCCGAGGAGCUGCUGGGCUCCGGGGGGUCUGGAGAGUUCUUGUUAUCUGGGGACAUCUUGAUAUCUGGGGAUUUCUCGGGAUCUGGGGAUUUCUCGGGAUCUGGGGAUCUCUCAGGGUCUGGGGUGGGAUCCGCAACCUCUGGAGCCUCUGGAGACAUUGGCUCUGGAGGUUCUGGGAUUUCAAUUGAACUCACACUGGGCUCUGGAGGGUCCGGGGACCAGUCCGGUUCUGGGUUCUCUGGUGAUCUCUUCAUCUCAGGGGCCUCCGGAAGCUCUGGGGUUUCUGGGGACUCUGGUGAGUCUGGGGACCUUGGAAUAACUUUAUUAUCUGGAGAGGAGGAGCUGCCCCUCAUUCCCGACACUAUACCCCAAGAGGCAUCGGGUGCUUCUGGGGAUUUCUCAGGAGCUUCAGGAAUCUCAGGGGCCUCAGGGGAUACUGGAGUCCCCGAGGUUGUUCUGGUCCCUGACAUUGACGAAGAGGAGGGGCUGCUUCUCACUACACCAGAAACCCCUCAGGAGGGUACUGGCGGUGUAGAAGGGUCAGUGAGCUCUGGAUUGCCAGAACCCGACGAGCCAGAUGAGCCUGUGGUUGACAGACGAGGUAUGCCCACUUGCUUGCUGUGCACGUGCCUCGGCGGUUCGGUCUACUGUGAUGACUUGAAGCUGGACAGCGUUCCACCUUUGCCCAAAGACACCACUCACUUCUAUGCGCGCUACAACAGAAUCACCAAGAUCAACAAGUCCGACUUCGCCUCCAUGAAUAAGCUGAAGAAAAUCGACUUAACCGCCAACGAGAUAACCAGUAUCGACGACAAGGCGUUUAUGGGUCUGCCCAACCUGGAGGAGCUGGUGAUCCGAGAAAAUCACAUCUCACAGCUGCCUGCGCUCCCCGAGACCAUGACCCUGAUCGAUGCCAGUCACAACAACAUCGGCACCAAGGGUCUGCACAGAGAGGCGUUCAAGGAUAUGACCGGCCUGCUGUACCUGUACAUCACAGACAACCACAUCGACUACGUGCCUGUGCCCCUGCCAGACAGCCUGCGAUCCCUACACCUACAGCGCAACAAUAUUCAAAUGAUGCACGGGGACACGUUCUGCAACCUGAAAGAUUUCAACUACAUCAGGAACGCGCUGGAGGACAUCCGUCUGGAUGGCAACCCCAUCAACCUCAGCAGGACCCCGCAGGCCUACGUCUGCCUGCCCCGCAUACCCAUCGGGGAUCUCAUUUAA